UAACUACUUAUCAUGGAAGGAACAGUGGUCCUCACCGGUGCCAAUGGCUCUCUAGCACUGGGCUUUGUUCAGUCUUUCUUAGAAACCCAUCCUCAGAUGACACUGAUUGCCACUGUGCGAAAUCCGGACCCAGACGAAGAUCCCAACACCUUCAGGCUUCUUGCGCUAUGUGCAAAUUACCCGGAAGCAAAGGUCCACCUGGAAAUGCUCGACCUCGGCAACCUGGCCAACGUGCGAUCUUUCGCAGACAAGCUUUCCCACGGUAUCUCUGCGGCGGAGCUUCCUCGAAUCUCAGCCAUUGUCUGUAAUGCCGCCAGUCUUUCAUUUGAGGGAGGCCAGAAGUUCACCUCCGAUGGGCAUGAAGCCACCUUCCAGGUCUGCCACCUCGCGCACUAUCUAUUGAUUCUGAAACUGCUUGGAAGCAUGGACCGCAAUUCCGGCCGCAUCGUCAUGCUCGGCUCCAUCACACACUAUCCGGAGAAACUGAAUCCAUUGUGCUCGCUUCGGCCCCAGUUUCCUGUGGAUCUGGAGGAGCUGAUCAAGCCGGGUCCGGAUCCUCCCACACUUGGUCAUGACAGAGGGUUUCAGCGAUAUGCCACAGCCAAACUGGCAAAUGUCACUCUAGCUGAUGAUCUCAACAAGAGGUUGCAAGAAGAUGACAGGCUAUCGAGGAUCACUGUGAUCGCAAUGGAUCCCGGCGGUCUGCCAAGUUCACGUGCUCAGGCUCAGCAGAAAAGGUCCACGCGGCGGAUCUUCUCGAUAAUCAACUUUCUCAUGCCGGUUCUUAAGCAUGUCAUCACGAUGUUUCGGACUGCUGAAGAUGCCGGCCGCGAUUUGGCUGUCGUGAGCGUCGAUGCGUCUUUCCGGGGGACGAGGGGCUAUUUUGUCGGUCAGACGGAAGAUGUUCCUGCAACUGUCAGUACAGACCCAGGUGUGCAGGAGAAGCUCUGGAAUGCAUGCUGGGGGUGGUGUGGGCUUACAGCGGAAGAUACUGUGCUUCGAAACGCUGCUCCAAGGGACUGA